CUCAUGGUGCUCAUGGCCGGACAGUUUGGUAUCACUUCACACUUUCAUCGUGAUGACAGAUCAGAGAUAUUGAAGCCGGCAGAAUGACUGCCUGCUCUACUACCUUGCUGCGUCUGUUCGCUCAUGUACCACCAGAAGUUUUAUCUUAUCAUCCAAUUCAAGACGAACAAUACUUUUUUUUGCUGAGUACAUUGUUGACUUUGGGUUUCUACCCAUUUAUCAGGUCUUUCUUAGAUCUGUAUCAUCAUCUCAUUGAGAGUAUCUGCAUCGCCAAGUGAACAACAUAGCCUCAACGCCUUUCGUACGUGCUCGGAGAGCAAACUUUCCGUGUGAAUGGCCGUGAAGGGGCUGAUGGGGCUUCGUAUGACAUGCGAUGAUUGCAGUGUAGGUAGCGCUCACAUCGUCUGCAUGAAACCUGAAAAUGCAACGUACAAAGUCUUUUCUAACCACAACGAUAGUCAAAGUAGCACCAACACAUCAUAAAUUGAGACAGAUGAAGAUGAAAGUCAUAUUCAUCAUUUACGCAAUCAAUGCAUUUCUAAUUUGCAUCACUUUUGCUGGUCAAAUGAUGCAAGAAACGGAAAGCUUUCAUAAGCGUGAUACGAUUUGCCCAUGUGGCAGAAAACAAGUAGCUGGUGUCUCUUGUUUAAUGCGUCGUCGAAAAUUCGAACAACCACAAAGGUUAGUCAAACGUGCGGGUAAAACAGGUGCUUGUCAAUGUUUACCAUGUCCAAAAUCAAAUGCAAAAUACAAGGAUCCAACAGGAAUGCCUAAGGUCGUCAAAACAAAUUCACCUUAUGAGAAAGCAAUCGAAGCUUGUGUACUGAAAAACACAAUGACAGCUCUUAAAGAUCCAAAGGCUGAGACUCCCAGAUGCUCAGAGGUCGUGAAAGAUCCUAGCAAAAAGCACUGAGCGUAGUCAUGGUCGAGAAAGCGAAGCAUCAUGUAUGGCUGAUCGUACCCAUCUCUAUCUAUCGUCUAAAUCACAGAUGAUCGCCUUCAAUCCGUACCAUCUCUUCAUCCUUCACCAGCCAUCAAACGGAAGAUAGUGUUAAUUGAGACAAAUAUCUCUACAAUGCUAUUGAAAACAUGGUUGAUGUAAACCAAUCGUGAACGAUGAGUUGUUAAUAUUAGUUUUGAGUGUAAAUGUGCGUGCAUAAGUCGAUCGAGAAAGUUGUUCCAUGUACGGAAGCAACUUGCAGCUGACCGUUUUCAUGAGGUGCAGAGCUUAACGGUACUUGACGAAACCG